UCAUUGUCACACAACAAAACAAAACAAAACAUUGUAACAUACUCGAACAUUCUAAACUACUAAAUUCCAACUCUCCAAAACUUACCUUAAAUUAAUUGCUAGCUACCAUAGAGUUUUGAUUAACAGAACAAACAAGGAGAGUGAGAGGUAUAGUUAGCUAGCUGCUCAAAUUCAAUGGCUUCUUCAACUCAAUGUUUCUUGUCCCACCUUGCACUUUCUACCCCUACUACAAGUACUAGGUUUUCAUCACAACGCCAAGUAGUAAACGUACGCAGCAAGGCAAAGCAGUUUUUGGUUUGUAAGGCUAAGAAGCAAGCAAUACAAGAGGAUGAUGGCAACAACAUCAUAGUCUCUCGCAGGUUAGCUCUCACUGUGCUUAUUGGUGGUGCUGUUGUUGGUUCCAAAGUCUCACCUGCUGAUGCAGCCUAUGGUCAAUCUGCCAAUGUGUUUGGAAAACCGAAGACAAACACAGACUUCCUACCAUAUGAUGGAGAUGGAUUCAAAUUAUCAGUUCCCUCAAAGUGGAACCCUAGCAAAGAGGUGGAAUACACAGGUCAGGUUCUUAGAUAUGAGGACAACUUCGACACAACCAGCAAUGUCGUUGUUACUGUGACUCCAACUGAUAAGAAAGCCAUCACUGAUUAUGGUUCACCUGAGGAAUUCCUCUCUCAGGUGAAUUAUUUACUAGGAAAGCAGGCCUUCUUCGGCGAAACGCUAUCUGAGGGUGGUUUCGAUCCGAAUGCUGUAGCUACAGCAAACAUCCUUGAAACUUCAACGCCUGUGAUUGAUGGGAAAAAGUACUAUGUUUUGUCUGUGUUGACAAGAACUGCUGAUGGAGAUGAAGGUGGCAAGCAUCAGAUAAUUAGAGCAACUGUGAAAGAUGGAAAAUUAUACAUUUGCAAAGCUCAAGCUGGAGACAAGAGGUGGUUUAAAGGAGCAAGAAGAUUUGUGGAGAGUACAGCAAAUUCUUUCAGUGUUGCUUAAGAACUUAAUAGAGGGUUAUAAAUUAUAUUACAUGUAGUGCAUGUAAAUCAACUUCAAGUGCUAUGUAUUUUUGACUUUUCUAGAGUCCCUUUCAGUGUUGCUUAAGAACUUAAUAGAUGGUUAUAAUUCUAAUCAUAUUACG